AUGCUUGAUACAAAUUUAGAUGGCCUUUUAUCUUUUAAUGAAUUUAUUUUUGAGGGAAAUUUAAAGAAAAUUGAACCAAUUGAAAGGCUUGAAUUUAUUAGAAAGCUUUUUAAUGAAUCAGACUUUGAUAAUAAUGGAGAAUUAAACAGUCAAGAAUUAACAGAAUUCUUUAUUAUUUUACAAAAACAAUGGGUAGAACAUGGAGGGACUGAAAAUAUAGAUUAUUCAAUUGUACAAAAUAUAAAUAAAUAUUUGACUAAAUAUAUUCAUUCAAUCGAAGAAAAUAAUUUUUCAGGGGAAGAAUUAUCUAAUAAAUAUACAGUUGAUUUAAUUGAAGAACUUGAAGGAAUCUAA